AUGCUCCGUCCGGGCAAGGCAAAGAUUAUUUGCGAACCGAGACAGUCUGCGGCGCCCGUUUGCGACAUCCCGAGAUGUGCAGCUGAACGCCUGCAACCACUUCGUUUCUCAAGGACAGUUUUUACUGACGAGGAUGCCAUAGACGCCGCGACGGCUGACCAGACCGAUACGAAUACAAAAUUUCGAUUGGCUGUGAAGGACAACAUCUCCACCACAGGUCUCCCGACACAAUGCGCCUCUGGCAUACUCGCCUCGCACGCUUCACCCUUCGAGGCGACCAUUGUGAGGCAGCUCCGCGCCCGAGGCGCCCGUGUUGUUGGCAAGACGAACAUGGAUGAGUUUGGCAUGGGGUCGCACUCGAUGAACUCUGUGCACGGCGCCGUCUCUAACCCGCUCUCGGGAGACGAGCAGCUAUCCGCGGGCGGCAGCUCUGGUGGCAGCGCUGUCGCAGUGCACCUCGGCGAUGCAGACAUUGCGUUGGGCACGGAUACCGGCGGCUCCGUCAGAUUACCAGCCGCCUAUACAGGAGUGGUCGGAUACAAGCCCAGCUAUGGCCUGCUAUCGAGGUUUGGGGUGGUGCCAUAUGCCAAUUCGCUCGACACCGUUGGUGUGCUGGCCAAGGAUGCCACUGCGAUCCACGAUGUUGUCUUUAACACCGGCCUUUAUAUGGAGAAUGAUCCGAACGACCCUACAUCACUAUCUCUAAUGACAAGGCAACGAUGCGCCAAGUCAUUGCCCUCUCAGCUACCUCCGCUGUGCGAUGUUACAAUUGGGAUCCCAUCCGAAUACAACAUAGAAGAGCUCGAUCCGGCGGUUCGCGAGGCUUGGGCAUCGACUGCUUCGAGAUUGGAAGAGCAAGGUGCACGUAUAGUCUCCGUAUCGCUGCCUUCCACAAAGGAGGCGUUAUGCGCUUACUACGUCCUCGCCCCGGCCGAAGCGUCAUCGAAUUUGGCCAAGUACGACGGCGUGCGGUACGGAACGCGGGGUGAGAAUGGAGAUGCCGCCGGCGACACGCUCUAUUCCGAAGCCCGGGGACUUGGAUUCGGAGAGGAAGUGAAGCGCCGCAUCCUGCUUGGCACCUACAGUCUGAGCUCGGAAGCGAUUGACAACUACUUCAUCCAAGCGCAAAAGGUCCGUCGGCGCGUGCAGCAGGAUUUCGACAAGGUCUUUGGCCUCGAAAACCCUCUGUAUGAGCCACAGCAGUUUGAUCUCAGUGAGAUGUCGGCCAACCUGGAGCUCGCGGACAAACGAGGACCUGUGCAAGUCGACUUCCUCCUCUGUCCUACGGCGCCAUCGUUCCCGCCCAAAUUGAAGGAGCUGGAGACAAAAAGCAGCGUUGACGCUUAUACGAAUGAUGUGUUUACUGUGCCAGCCAGCUUGGCCGGCCUCCCUGCUCCCAGUACUGGGAUGAUCAACGGCUAUUAG